CAUUUUCUCUAAUCUGUUUAUAGGAACAAGCAAAACAAUGGAGCUUCAACUUAACUGAAAUUCUCCCCUUUUCUUUUUCUUACUUGUUUUCCAAUUCAAUGGCGGAAAAUUUUAACCUUGAAAGUUUCCAUAUUCAGACAACCAACGACAACUACGUUGGAACUUCCGACAACGAGGACGUCGAUGAACAGGAGGAGGACGCCACGUACUGUUUUUCUCCUUCUAAUAAUCCCACCUUCUUUAUUCCUUCAUUUCAUGAUUUUCAUUCGGGACCCGAUUCCGAAUCCGAGUCCGUCUAUUCGGGUUCUAACCGCUCCGACUUGAUCUCAAACCCUAAUUCAAUUGACUUUGUAACUGAUUUGUUUCACGGCAAUUUGAAUUCUAGGGUUUCGUCAGACGGUGAUGAAGUAGAAUUCGGGUCGGAAUUGGAUGGACUUCGGGUCGUAGGGUUAGACUCCGAGUCCGAUUCUGAAGAAAUUGAGGUAAUUUCGGGGGUUGAGCCGGAUUUAUGGAGCUGUUUUCGGGUUGAUGAUGAGGGGGAUUUCGACGAAGAUAUCGUGUGGGAAGAAUUUGACAGGCUUGUUGAAGGAGGGGGGAACAGUAAUACGAGUUAUGUGAUUGGUCGAAUGGAAGAGAUUUCAGUUUCUUCUGAUUUCUCUUCUGAACAAGGAAAUGAAGGAGAAGAGCAGCAGCUGAGGAAUGUAGGAUGGGAAUUUCUCGAGGCGGUUAAUAAUCUUGAAAGGAGUCUUGAAUUUGACAAUGCUGUUAUGAUUCAAGAUGAUGAUGGUGUGUUUGUUGACAAUGUUGAUUUUGUUGGGAGCGAAGUGUGGUUAAAGGGUAGUCCACCAGCAGCUAAAUCUGUAGUGGAAAAUCUUCCGUUGAUAGUCGUGAGUGAUGAAGAUUUGAAAGGAAGCAAUGUAGCUUGUGCAGUUUGCAAAGAUGAGAUUUUGUUGUCGGAGAAGGUGACUAGGUUGCCUUGUUCUCACUAUUACCAUUGUCAUUGUAUUGUGCCUUGGCUAAAUAUCCGUAAUACUUGUCCUGUUUGUCGCCAUGAGUUGCCCACGGAUGAUGCUGAUUAUGAGAGGGAAAAUGGAAGAAGUGAUGGUUCCAGACUUGUUAAUAAUUUUCAGAACUUCUAAAGCCGUUUAAAAGAAUUUCAUUACAUUGGCAAAUUUAGUACCAAGAGGGUGGUAGCUCUACAGAGUGGAUACAGGAUAUACGAGCUCCCUAUGCUUCCUGUAUGGAGCUAACGAAGUCAAGUAAUUUAUUUAUUUUGUGUAUAUAUUUCAAUUUAAGCUAACAGAUACAAACAUUUCUAUUUUAUAUAUUGCGGUCAAAAGUAAAAACGUUGGGUUGAAGGAUCUGUGGUUUCUCUCUGCUCGAACAAUUCAUGAAAAUGCAAGCUGGAAUCAUGGUCCAACCCUUUUGAUGCUGCUUGUGAAUAAUCCUUCCUUACCAGCUAAUAUAAGUACCCUUUAAAGGCAUGGGCAUUAUCAACUUAGUGCAUAUGAAGAAACAUAUAUGAUAACUGUGUCACAAGGCACAAAACUAUAUAAAUGAUUAGCAUCUUCUCACUCUGGCACACAUUCCAGCUGAAUCAAACCACCUUACUAGUUACUUUGUUUAUUCGGAUAUUCUGGGGCCAGUUUAUGCUAGUACGCUUAGCUAUUUUUAAUCCAUUGCAGCAUGGCUGCAUGGAGAAAGAUCCACAUUACUUGUCCCCCAUCUCAAGGAGUCACAUUCACAUGUUAAUUCUUAUACCACUUACGAUAUCAAUUAUUUUUACUAAGGUGAUAGGGUAUCAAAUUUCCAAUUGUACAGUUUCUCAAAUUUUAAAUGCAUCAUGAUGUUUUUGGUGUUGAGCUAUUGCAACCCCACUCUUAACUUUUAGGCUGAAAACGGAAAAUCCUUGUAUGAUCUUAGGUAUGUAUCCAUAAUCAUUUGAACAAAAAACUCUUGAUAUAUAUUUUCGAGGACAAAUAAUUCUUCUUUCUCACUCCCACCUGAGCGACUAGAACUGCCAAACCUCUAGGUUGGAAAUAAAAGUGUUUUUGCCAUGGAAGCAACCCUUGUCAUCAGUUGUCUGGAAAUCUUUUCCUUUCUGACCGGGUGGAAAUUGUUCUGCUUGCUCUUUUCUUUCAAUAGGAAAUUUAUCUUAGUUUUUUCAACUGCAUAUACUACUGAGAGUGGAGACACAAAGUAGGUGGAUAUUUGUCCAUGAACAGUAUAUUUGUCUUGAUCAACUGUAUUUUUGACAGAUGGCCACCAUCUACUUUUGAUUAAUAUAAAAUACUCCCUUCGUUUUUAAAAGAAUGACCUACUUUCCUUUUUAGUCCGUUUCAAAAUGAAUGACCCCUUUCCUUUUUUGGCAAUACUUUAAUUUCAACUUUCCACAUGGCAUGUUUAGGACCACAAGAUUAAAGAGCAUUUUGAUACAUUUGACACAACUUUAAUUUAAGGCCACAAGAUUCAAAAGUCUUUUUUAUUUUCUUAAACUUUGUGUCAAGUCAAAGUAGGUCAUUCUUUUUUAAACGGAGGAAGUAGUAGGUAAGCAUGUUGUCAAGAACACAGUUCUUUUCUAUCCAGAGAUCAAGUCUACUGUAUUUUGCAGUAAACAUUGUCUUUUAGAUUUCUUUCUUUUGUUUUUUCUCAUAAAAACAAUAAGAUAUAGUCUAACUUAAUCCGCUGUACUGAUUUUUGUUUGCCUUCAAAACUUUUGAGUUCCUUUCUCUGCAAAUUACCCACCAGAUACGAACUGGAAUCAUAUGCCUCCAGCUAUACUUUGUCCAACCUUAUCUAUACCGACUCCAAAGAGUGUGUAUAUAUUCCCGUACACCAACCAUUUGAUUCCAGCAAAAUUAAGAAAUGGCUGCCAUUGCUGGUCAGACAUAGUGUUUUCCCUUUGGAGGCCAGACAAAUGACAUCCGUUGCUUAUAAGGGUAGCCCUCUGUUAUGAAGGUUUUCUUUAGUAAGGCAGGCUCUUAACUUCCAGAUUUGUUUCCUUCCAUUUACCACCAUCCACCAUCCACCAUCAUAGAAAUAAAUAGCAAAGGUCAGAGGACCGUUUUGUUUGAAUUCCCUUUUGGGAAGGAAAGAAGCUCUUAGCGGCUCCAUUAAUAAGAUUGUUUGAUCAAACUGUGGAUAUAUAUAUCCACAAUUUUAUCCAGUUAAACCAUCUUCUUACAAAGCUCAUGUAUUCCGUUAGGUUUAGGAGGAAGCCCAUGAUCAACAUCCCAAAUUCAGUUUUAGUAAACCUGAUUUUGUAAUCUUACUUGACCAUUGGCCAACCUUAAAGAAAGGAGUCUCAUAUUGAUGGAGGUCACUAAUGAUGUUACUCGCAUCUUACUAAACCUCAUUUUCAUAAAAUACUAUUGUGGAUUUUUUUUAUUUUUAUUUUUUUUGUGGCCAAGUUAUUCAGAUUGUGCUUGCUGGGUGACUCUGAUGAAUGAAAUUUUGGAUGUAAAUUUGCAAUUUUCAUUCUGUACGUAACUGAUUCCUUCACGUCCUUGAUCAAAUAUAUUUUGUGGUGAAGCUGAUUGAUGAAACCUUCAUUAUUAUAGAGGAAGAUGCGAUCC